CACACCUUGAUACACUUUGCAGAUCAUCAAGUUUCACAGACUCAUCCACCUUCACCUCCACCUCCACACUCCACAUCGUACUAGUCAGUCAGACAUCCGAUUCCGAAUACUCCACACUACACCUGCUUCCUGCCGACCAUGUCUCUAAUCAACGAGUCGCACGACUCCCUCAUCUACAUCGACCCCGUGCCCACAGAAGCAGACUACGUGAUUGUCUCGAACCUCAUAUCCGACGAACUACGGACCGUCGACACAUCCGUCACACACCCGCUCCUCCCCCAUGCAUACGCUCCGCGGUACCCGGAGCUGUUAGCCAAGGAACACGAGCGCAUAGAGUCUGGCGCGGAUCGAGAAGUCGGCAUAAAUCUAAGCCGAUAUGAGGCGCUCGAGGCACCGCAGAACACAUCUCCUAAUAGCGACGAGAAGAACCCACAGUUGCUUGCGCAAUGGCGUGAGACACUGCAGAAGGCGUAUGCGUCGAGUUCGUAUCUGUCUUGGCGACAGACAAAUCUUGGGCUGUUGGAAAAGUAUGGGAAGAAUCAAUGGCUGAUUGGGAAUUCGCAACUCGAGGACAUAUUGAAGGGGCUUGAGACCGAGCUGGCGGAGACUCGCGCUCAGGUUGAACGGAUUGAGUACGAGAGGCGGGCGCAACAAGAGGCUGUGUCGGGUGAGAUGGCGACAUUGGACGACACGUGGAAGAAGGGAAUUGGAAGAGUCAUUGAGACGGAGGUUGCUGUCGAGGGACUGAGAAGGGAGAUCGUCGAGAGGAAGAGGGGUGGUGCUAUUAUCGCAUCUUGAGGCAUCGCGGAUCAGAACAAUAAGGGACAAUAUGGAGCAUCAAGUGGCAACACCAGGACGUGCCUAGUAUGUCAUUUACAUCAAUAUGAGCUCCGAGCUUGCCGCAAAAAGCGACAGCGGACGAUGAUGCUUUCUAGUUAUAGGAAGUACAUCACUCCGGUUCCAUCCUAAGGCGCUUAGUGGUUACAGUGUGUCGUUGCCCAUAAAAGACUGCUGGUGCUCACAGGUAACCAUACCAGUGUCACCACCCCUAGUAAUGUAAAUAGACGCAAAUGCGCGAGCAAUGUAAGCAUAUAGACGUGGAAAUUGACACGAUAACAUAAAUAAUAUU